AUGGCGAUGAUAAUUCUUGAGGAAGAGUCAUUGUUUGAAGGGAAACAAAUUCUCUCUCUUCACCGCGACAACUUCUGGUCUUGGAUCACGGAUGAGGAGGACAUGCCUCCCCUUCCUCUCCAGCUUACUUCAGAAGAGAGUGCUGAAGAGUCCGCCACAGGAUCCAUCACCAUGGUGACCAUGUGUGCCCUCCACCAGUGCAGAGACAUUCAUCUCUACCUGGGGAGUCCAUCUGGAGUAGGCUUGGCUUCGCAAUGCGGUGAGUAUGUCACAGACUCGUGCCAAUCGGCCAGUAAGACAGUAGUGGAGAUGCAGAGACAAGCAGGGGUUGCUAGCGCCCACACACGGACUGGAGUGAAGUAUUGGAUUAAUGAAUACACAUCCACUCUUGGAAUCGGGGUUUUUCAUUCUGGUAUUGAAGUCUAUGGAAGAGAGUACGCCUAUGGUGGUCAUCCCUACUCUUUCAGUGGAAUAUUUGAGAUCACUCCAGGAAAUGCUACUGAGCUGGGUGAAACAUUCAAAUUCAAAGAGGCCAUCGCUCUUGGCACUACAGACUUUACAGAGGAAGAUGUUGACAAGAUUAUUGAAGAGCUUGGAAAGGAGUUCAAGGGCAAUGCCUACCAUCUCAUGCACAAGAACUGUAAUCACUUCUCAGCAGGGCUGGCAGAGAUUCUGUGCGGAAAGGAGAUCCCUCGCUGGGUGAACCGGCUGGCGUACUUCAGUUCCUGCAUCCCAUUCCUCCAGAGCUGUCUCCCCAAGGAGUGGCUCACGCCCGCAGCUCUGCAGAGCCACAUCAGCAGCCAAGGCCUAAACAAGGACGAUCAGAGUGACCCUGGAAACGAUGAGUCCCCUUCCACCUCAGGCUCCACUGCGACCGCUUCAGGGACCACCAGGACCUGCAGACACACUCGAGUCUAA